AAAUCUGUUUUUGAUAUUCACAUGAGAACUCAUACGGGUCAAAAGCCGUUUUCAUGUGUGACCUGUGGAAAAUAUUUUAGUCAAAAACAGGAUUUAACUAAGCACAUGAUGAUUCACACUGGUGAAAAGCCGUUUUCAUGUGUGACCUGUGGAAAAUAUUUUAGUCAAAAACAGGAUUUAACUCGGCACAUGAUGAUUCACACUGGUGAAAAGCCGUUUUCAUGUGUGAACUGUGGAAAAAGUUUUCGUCGUAAACCGCAUUUAUCUCAGCACAUGAUGAUUCACACUGGUGAAAAGCCGUUUUCAUGUGUGACCUGUGGAAAGAGUUUUAGUCAAAAACAUGUUUUAACUCAGCACAUGAUGAUUCACACAGGUGAAAAGCCGUUUUCAUGUGUGAAUUGUGGAAAAAGUUUUGGUUAUAAACCGACUUUAACUAAGCAUAUGAUGAUUCACACUGGUGAAAAGCCGUUUUCAUGUGUGACCUGUGGAAAAAGUUUUAUUCGAAAACGGGAUUUAACUCUGCACAUGAGGAUUCACACAGGUGAAAAGCCGUUUUCAUGUGUGAACUGUGGAAAAAGUUUUAUUCGAAAACGGGUUUUAACUCUGCACAUGAGGAUUCACACUGGUGAAAAGCCGUUUUCAUGUGGAAAUUGUGGAAAAAGUUUUUGUCAAAAACAACAUUUAAUUCGGCACAUGAGGAUUCACACUGGUGAAAAGCCGUUUUCAUGUGUGACCUGUGGAAAGAGUUUUAGUGAAGAACAAGUUUUAACUCGGCACAUGAUGAUUCACACAGGUGAAAAGCCGUUUUCAUGUGUGAAUUGUGGAAAGAGUUUUAGUCAAAAACAAGUUUUAACUCAGCACAUGAUGAUUCACACUGGUGAAAAGCCGUUUUCAUGUGUGAACUGUGGAAAAAGUUUUAGUCGAAAACUGCAUUUAACUAGACACAUGAGAACUCAUACAGGUGAAAAGCCAUUUUCAUGUGUGACCUGUGGGAAAACUUUAAGUCGAAAUGAUGAGUUAACUCAGCACAUGAUGAUUCACACUGGUGAAAAGCCGUUUUCAUGUGUGAACUGUGGAAAAAGUUUUGUUUAUAAACCGACCUUAACUAAGCAUAUGAUGAUUCACACUGGUGAAAAGCCGUUUUCAUGUGUGACCUGUGGAAAAAGUUUUAGGCAUAAAUCAGCUUUAACUCAGCACAUGAUGAUUCACACAGGUGAAAAGCCGUUUUCAUGUGUGAACUGUGGAAAAAGUUUUGUUUAUAAACCGACCUUAACUAAGCAUAUGAUGAUUCACACUGGUGAAAAGCCGUUUUCAUGUGUGAACUGUGGAAAAAGUUUUGUUUAUAAACCGACCUUAACUAAGCAUAUGAUGAUUCACACUGGUGAAAAGCCGUUUUCAUGUGUGACCUGUGGAAAAAGUUUUAGGCAUAAAUCAGCUUUAACUCAGCACAUGAUGAUUCACUCAGGUGAAAAGCCGUUUUCAUGUGUGACCUGUUUAAAAAGUUUUAGUAAUAAACAUAAUUUAACU